CAAAUAAAAAAGAAGAAGAAUACAAAUCCAUAUACAUAACCAUUUAUAUUUUUGUUUUGUUUAAACGAUUUAUAUAUUUAAUAUUAAUAAUGUCUAUUUCUAGAUCGCUUCCUCAAAGUAAAGAAGCAUUAUUAAAAUCUUAUAGAACGCGUUUAAAAGACGACGUAAAGAGUAUGUUAGAAAAUUUUGAAGAAAUCGUAAAACUAUCGAAAGGUGAACACGAUACACAAUUAUCAAGAAUGACUCAAUGUGAACAAGAUACAUACGAAAUGCACGUUAGAGCCGCUAAUAUAGUUAGAGCUGGCGAAUCUUUGAUGAAAUUGGUGUCUGACAUCAAACAAUAUCUUAUUUUAAACGAUUUUCCUUCAGUUAACGAAGCUAUAACACACAAUUCCAAAGUAUUCAGGUCAAAACAAGCAGAAUGCGAUCAGAAAUUGAUGUCUUUACGUGACGAUAUGGCCGCUGAUCUUUACGAUCUCGAAGAGGAAUAUUACAGCAGUAUCAAUAAAUAGUCACUUUAUAUAUUUUCUAAUGUUAGUAAAAGUUUUUUUAUAUUGUUUUAUUUUCAAAAUACUCACCUUGUUCAGUGAGAUUCUAAUAACGAAGUUUGUCAUUGGAAAUUCACUUGGAAUUUUGAUUGGUUUUAAUAAUGGGAAGGGUAAUGUAUCAAUUUAAAAAAAAAUUCAAUAAAAAAUUGGUUUUCAAAGCUUUUAUUUUCAGUUUUUUCUACACGAUUUUGUAUUAAUCGCUAUUUUGGUUUAACUACAUUAUUUUAAAGUAAAUUUGUUUCAAUUUGGAUGCAAUAACAUUUUUACUUGUUAUCUUAAUAGCAAAAAUUCAGUAUAACAAAGCCUCCUUUUCAAUUUUUGUGGCAAUGGAUAGUACAUAACUAAAUACCUACAUUUUUACACCAUCAUUUCCAGAUGAAUUAAUUGAAUAAAUUCGUAAAAUACGAAAAUUCAACAUAAAAAUAAUAUUUAAUCAGUCGUUUAUCUUAAUUUAAUUAUACAUAUAACAAACAUCUAAAUCAUUUUAAAGUCCCUAAAUAUGUAUUUUCAAAUAGAUUUUGUAAUCUAAUCUUCUAUUAGAUGUUUUUACGAGAAUAUAUUGAUUUUUAAUUCUAAAACUAUAAAAUUAUAAUGAAACAAUUAUUUAAGCUUAUAAUUUCAGUUUUUUUAUAUGUAUAGUAUUUGUCUUUACUACACGAUUUUGAAGUAAAUUUGCUUCAAUUUGGAUGAAAUAAAGUUUUUAUUAGUUGUGUUUAUAGCAAAAAUUGUAUUUAACUAAGCCACCUAUUCAAUUUUUGUGGCCAUGAGUAGUAAGAAAAUACCUAACCUAACAUUUUCACAUCAUCAUUUUGAGCUUUUAAUUUCAGUAUUUUUAUACGUUUUUGUUGUACAAAUGUUGUUUUGGUUUUACCACACGAUUUUACUUAAUUUCGUUUAAAUUUGGCAGCAAUAAAUUAUUUAAUUGUCUUUAUAACAUAAAUUGAGUUUAAUCAAUCCACCAACUCAAUUUUUAUAGUAAAAUUCACUAAAUUUUCAUAGUUUUUUAGUCCAAUUCUCUAUCUAAUAAUCUUUUCCUCUUUUAAAUCCAAUAUUAUUCAGGAAAAUUAAAAUUAAACAGUUGUUUGAGCUUUAUUCAAGUAAAUAAAAAUAUAAUAAAGUAUCAAAAUAACAAUUACAAAUAAUAAAAUAAAACUGACA